AUGGAAACUUCUCAGCCGAUUUCCAUUGAAAGCUUCUCUUACAGUUGGCUAGUGAACAUGAAGCCAUCUCUUGAAGCUUGUGUGGACGCAUCAGAUGAAGCUUCUUCCUUCAUAGAAAUGGAUCCAAGAAAUCCACCUUCCAAGAGGUUCUUCCAAAGGAACUCGCAGGAAUUCAAGUUCGACUUCCCAGUUUCUCACUCUCCUCUUGCUCUUGUUCAUGCAGAUGAGCUCUUCUCCAAUGGCUACCUCACUCCUCUUUUUGCUGAAUCCUUGAAGAUGGAAUCUUAUAGUAAUUCUGUUUCAUCAACAUCCAACCUAGUUCCUCCUUCUUCUUCCCCUUCUUCUUCAAUAAACAGUAUGGGUCCUAAAGCUCAGGCUUCUAGAUGUUCUUCUUUGAAGAGGUGCAGGACAUUGUCAAGGAGGAUGUUUCAGAAGUAUCUCAACUUUUUGAGGCCUCUGUGUAAAAGACUGAGGGGUCGUCAUCAGAAAUCGGGUUCAAAUCAUGAAGGUGCCGGCAAAAGAGGUUUUUAUGAAACAUCACCAAGAAUCAGUGUUGCUUAUUCUGCAGAUGACUGGAGAAAGUCUUGUGACUCUGAGAGCUCAAUCUAUGAGGCUGUUCUUCAUUGCAAAAGAUCCAUUGAAAGGACUUGAGGAGUGGUGCAGAAGAAAGGAAGGAUGAUGACGAAAUGUAAAGGAGAGAGAAAGAGAGGAGACAAAAGGGAAAAGAAAGAAAGAGAAGCAGUGGAUUCAAAUGGGGGCUGAAGAAGAAGCCAUUUUAGGAAGAGAUUAUGAUGAGCUAUUCAUCACAUGGUCUUUGUUCUUCUCUGCUGCUUUGAAUGAUAAUGCCAAAUUAAUAAUGAAACAGUACCAAAUGCACGCAGAUUAAUUAAGAAAAAUGAUAUGUAAACAUAUAUAUUGCAUUUUUUUUUCCUUUUAUAUCAUCUUGUUGAUAAGAAAUCACUCUUACUACCCCACGGAUCUGCUUCAUUUGAUGAAUAUAAUCAGUAUGUGAAUUAUACGUGAUUUUGCAGUAGUGAAAGAUUUUCCCAGAAA